AUGAUAUUUCCUGCCUUCGUUGCAAAUCUUGAGGACAUAUACAAUACCAGCAGCUCUUCAAGUUCAGCGGGCCCAUCCGAAAUCUCAGACCAAGUCGUUGAGAUAGGGUUCCCUCAGAUUAUGCAACUGACCUGGACUCCAUCACCCUCUACAAUGGCCCUGUUUAUCUCUGAAACAGGCUCUUAUACACUCUAUGCAGCCUGUAUGCCUCGAGGUUGGCAAGGACCGACUUAUCUCUUCCCUGGGUCCAGCGUUGCUGGAGACCCCAUAUCGUCUGCAAUCAGAUCCGGCGACGGUUUCAUCUUUCAACUCCCUGGAAUACCCAGUUGCAACACUCCUUCCAACCAAGUCACUAUGACAUAUCAUCGUUCACGGUCAAAUCCUCGAUACAGUUUCUCGAUGAGGGUUGAGCAUGGUGGAGGUCGUAGAACAGAGUCCUUUGAGUGGCGUGUCUCAGCAGAAGCUCAGAGCAGCACUUACAGCUUGGUUUGGGAGCUUGUAUCACUGGGCCGCACGAGCAAGUCAGGCUCACACCGCUCUCGAAGCUCCGAAGUUGUUGCAAUGAUACACGAAGACAAUGUUUCGUCAGUAUCAGUAUCUGUCCAAAGGUCGGGAGGGUUUCAGUUUCUAGGCAGAGCAACUACGGGCUCCAUGGGAUAUCACUGGACUGUUAUGGCUCUGAUGAGUAGCAUAGCAAUUUUGCAGGAUACCAGUCGGGAGUAA